UUUGGGAUGUUUGACAUGAGGAAGGACAAAGACACGUUAGCAGACUGAGCAGAUGUUUCUGCUCUGGGAACAGAAGCAGAAGGAGAAGAAGAGAGGACAUUAAUAGUGAAGAAGGACUCAGAGAAGAUAUGGCUGAAGAUGUCCGUGGACUCUGAGAACUCCUGUGUUUUGCUGUCAUCGCGAGACUCCAGGACUUCCUGCGUCUUCCAAACGGAAGAGGAGAAAGAUGACGUCCCAGGAGCGGGAGACGAGAGCGUCCUGGAGAUGCUGAGCUACUCCAAGUUCUCCAACCUGGAGACAUGGCUGUGUAUGCCGUCCUCGCUGCUGCUGCCCAGGGCCCUGGACUCCUCCUCAUCUUCCUCACAUGCAUCCAACCACUCCUCCAAUUCCCAGCCCAUCUCCUCCUCCUCCACCUCCUCGUCUCCGGCCUCCAACUGCCGCCGCUCCACCUGCAGCGAUCCAGGAGAGACUGACACGCCUCUCAGGUCAUUGGAGAGCGACUCCACCUUCCUCACUCCUGCUCUGCUACAGAAGGAGAUGUCAUUUCUGGCCACGUCCCUCCUCCCCAUCCUCUCCUCCACACCUGUUGCUGCUGCUGCAGCGCUGUCAGCGGGAGACUCUGUCUCCCGCGGCGGCGUCAGCAUCAGGAAACGGCGGCGGCUCGCUGCCAGUCCUGGAGGACUCCACUGGAACUCUGCAGGUUCGGUGCAGCGCGACUUCUGGUCACCUGAUCUGUCUCCCGUGUCGGGGGGGAGGACGACAGCAGGAGGAGUUGGAGGUGCGAGGAGCCUCCCCCUCGCUGAGGGAGGCGGGGCGGCGUGGGCCAGCGACCGGGCAGCCCUGAGGAAGACGGUUUCGGUUGACGACCGACUGCUGCAGCCGGCGGGCGGAGAGCAGCCUCACCUGAGACUGCUGAGUCGACUGGAGAGAGGCAGGAAGAAACUCCGCAACAUCCACAGUCCGGGAACCAGCAGCAGAUACGACUCCAGGAAGAAGUCGGACAGUAAGGUCUACCGGUUGGCCCAGAGGUGGAACCAGAGGGCGGCGGGAGAUGCUCUGAUCCUGAAGCCCCUGUUCAACACGGGAAUCCCCCGAUCGUCUCUCAGCCUGGACAGCAGACGCCUCCCGGGUGUCAUGACCCAGCAGAUGCAGAACCUGCAGUUGUCCCAGACCAGGAAGUGCCCCGGUGGGCCGGCGUCCCCGAGCGCCGCCAAGCGCCUCUACAGGAACCUGUCGGAGAAGCUGCGAGGAAGCACCUCCUCCUUCGAAGAUGCCUACUUCUUCGGCAAGACGGACCGCCUCCGCAAAGCCUCGACCAUGCAGGGCAGCGACUGUAUCUUCGAGGCGGUGGAGCAGCAGGACCUGGACACGGUGCAGAUCCUCCUCUACCAGUUCUCGGCCGAGGAGCUGGACCUGAACACCCCCAACAGCCAGGGCCUGACGCCGCUGGACAUCGCCAUCAUGACCAACAACACGCCCAUCGCCAAGCUGCUGCUGAAGGCCGGCGGCAAGGAGAGUCCCCACUUUGUGAGCGUGGAGAGUCGGGAGGCCCACCUGAGCUCUCUGGUGUCGGAGGCGGAGCGGCGGGCGGCCGACCUGGCGGCUCAGGCUCAGAAAGACGGCCUCUCUCUGGAGGCCUGCCAGAAGGACAAACAGCUGAGAGCCUGGGAGUGGAGGAUCAAGCUGUACAAACGCAUGAGGACGGGCUUCCAGCAUGCACGUGCCCCGGAGGCCCCGUCUAUGGUCCGUCUGAGCGUGAGCAGUAGCAGCACGCUGACCGUCACCUUCCAGGAGCCACAGUGUCUCAACUCCACCGUGGUCACCAGAUACCGAGUGGAGUGGAGUUGCCUGCAGGAUUUCUCGCUGCUUGCUGGAGAGACGGUGUUGGAUAACCUGCAGACCCUCAAGUGCACCAUCAGCAGCCUCACCACGGGUCGUCUCUACUACGUCCGUGUGUCGGCGUACAACAUGAAGGGCUGGGGUCCUCCUUUCUCCUCCCUCCCUCCAUCUGCUGCUCCAUCCAAUUGGAGGGAGAGCGACGGUCGGGAGCCCCGGAGGCGAGGCCACAUCGAGGCCAUGGAGCGUCUGCUGCAGCAGGUCCGAGCCACUCACACCCACUACUGCUGCGGAGACACCUCAAAGCUCCAGAACCCGAGCAGGAAGCAGUCCGUCUCCAGAAGUCUGAAACAUCUCUUCAACUCCUCCAACAAGUUUGUGAAAACACUGAAAAGGGGGAUCUACCUGGCAGCUGUGUUCUACAAUAAGGACAGUUUACUGGUGACGGCCGAGGACCAGAUCCCCAUCGUGGAGGUGGACGACUCCUACAGCAGCUCCCUCAUGCAAGACUUCCUCUGGUUCACCAAGCUGUCCUGCAUGUGGGAGGACGUCCGGUGGCUGAGACAGAGUAUGUCGGUGUCCAUGUCGUCGUCCUCCACCCUGCAGGCCCGCCACAAGAUGCUCACCGCCGCCGGCCAGCUGCAGAACCUCCUGGGGACCCACAACCUGGGCCGGGUCCACUACGAGCCCAUCAAGGAUCGCCACGGCAACGUGCUGCUGGUGACCAUCCGCGACACGGAGAGCCAGCACUCGCUGUUCAGCGGGAAGUGGAUGCAGGUGACCAAACUGCAGAGCCAGAGGAAGUCGCUGUCCACGCCGGAGGAGCCGUACGCCCUCGACGUCCUCAUCAUCACCAUACAGGACAUCCUGGCGUACCAGCGGCGCAGCACCCACCGGCUGACCCCGGGACUCUACCUGGGCUACCUGAAGCUCAGCAGCUCCGUAGACCAGAUCAGAGUCCUGGUGUCCCAGCGGACCCCCAACAUGCUCUGUCACACCCGCGUACGAGACAACGCCAACGUCUCCAGGGAGGAGUGGGACUGGAUCCAGACGCUGUCGGCUGCAGGUGACAAGAGCGAGGAGGCGGAGUCCAGUGAGGAAAGCCACGCCCCUUUACUGUACUACGAGCUGCAGACGUCCAUCAAGUCUCUGCUGAAGCUCCUGAACCUACCUCUGCACCAGGCCCGUCACUUCCGCCUCUACAGCCAUGAGGUGGUGGAGCUCGGUCACGGCGUCUCCUUCCUGCUGCUGCUGCCGGCGGCCGACGAUGUUUGCUCCGCCCCCGGACAGUCCAACCCCUACACCACCCUGUCAGGGUUCCUCCACCUCCCUCUGCAGAUGUUCGAGCUCGUCCACUUCUGCACCUUCAAAGAGAAGUUCAUCAAUUUGUACUGCCGCCUGUCCUCCGUCCUGGACCUGGACGCCCUCAUUACCCAGCAGGCACUGCGGGAAGCCAUCGCUGACAGCGAGGUGGCCACGGCCAAACAGAGGCACCAGCUCAUACUGGACUACAUCCAGCAGCUGGACGAGAUGCGUCGUGACCUCCGCUGGAUCACCGACGCCCUGCAGUACGCUCGCUACAAGCAGCCUCGCGGCGGCGUGCCGAUCACCUGCCUGGUGGACGCCGACGCUCCGGAGAGCGACUCCGGCCAGCAGAAGACCGACUCCACCUCCUCCAACAUGGACUACCUGCCCACGCCGUCGCCCUCCCCAGAGCUCCGCAGGAGGAAAGCCAUCAGCGACUCUCUGCUCGGCUCCGACGAAGACGGCUCCUCGGAGGUGUUCCUGCCGACGGACAGCGACUACGACUCCAGCGACGCCUUGAGCCCCCGCGAGAUGGACCUGCUCUACUCUCCGGCCCAGGAUCUGUCCCAGCAGGCCUUGCACUCGCUGGGCGGCAGCGCCCCGGACGUGCUCCAGAUCCACGAGCUCAGGUACAGCAUCUGCCCCCCCACAGACCUCUCCCUCCUCCCCCACUCUCCCUCUCUAUCCAAAGACUUCCCUCUGUCCCCCGGCGGUCUGCAUCGCUCUCCGUCCCUGUCCAGGACCCUCCCCACGUCCCCGUCCCUCCCCCUGUCCCCCAUGUUCUCCAAAGACCUCCCCCUGUCCCUCCCCCUCUCCCCGGCGCUGUCCGACACCACCGAGACUCUGGAGGGCCUCUCGUUGUCCAAAGAGGGCGUGGUCGCUCCGCUGAGGGCCCUCGCCAACCCCCCCGCCAAACGCAAACUGUUGUCCCGUAGCCACCGGGGCCAGUACUUCAGCGGGCCGCAGCGCUGGCUCCGGGGCCACAGCGGGGAGAGCCACACGGGGUCUCUCUCUGAGGGCGUCUACACCAAGCAGCUGGACCCGGACCUGCCUCCGCCCGGGGACGCCACCUACGUCAGCCACGCCUCCUGCGUCCUGGAGAGCCGGAAGGGCCGACACCGGGAACCGCGGCCUCACGUCCGCAGGAUAUUCGUGGAACCCUGCAAAGAGUUGUCGCCGGGCCGGGAGAGGAGGCGCUGGGAGGAGGGCGAGGUUACGGAGGAGGUGACGGACGAGGUGACGGAGGAGGUGAGGGCCGCGGGGGUGUCGGUGGUCGUGGAGGGGGAGGAGCCGCGGGGAGUCGCCGCACAGGACGUCGACUCAGACGACCAAACCAACGCACAGGUCUCAGAGAUCCUCAGCAGCACGCUGUAGAGGCGGACAGCAGUGACGAUUGGCCGGGCCGGUUAAUGACGAGCCCCCCCCCCACCCCGUCUUCACACCUCCGUAGAUUGUAAACUAAACUAAAGUUGCUGGUUCAACUCCUCCAAGCCUCGGAGCCUCAGAGCCUCAGAGCCCAUGGCAUCGACUGUUACCAAGAAAAUAACCAAUGCAACGAGAAACCAAGAACUCCUUCUUCUCCUUCUUCUUCUUCUUCUUCUUCUUCUUCUUCUUCUUCUUCUUCUUCUUCUUCUUCUUCUCCUCCUCCGACCUGGAACUUUGCACACUUUGACUGUAUGUCAACCAAAAACAGAAAAGGUGUUUUGAUUGAUUUGUUUCCCAGUCUAGUUAAAUUCUCUCUGGAUUAGAUUAGUGGUGGCCCGUCCACAGAGCAUGGAUUCAUGGAGUCAUAGAUUCAUGGAGUCAUGGAUUCAUGGAUUCUCCUCUACUUGAAGUGAAUGUACAGUUUAGUCUGUUAGUGUGUGUGUGUGGUUGAGCUGCUCCCGUUGGGUUUUAAUGUGGUCAGUUUAAAGAGAUUAUAAAUAUAUAAAUAUAUAUAUAUGAGCGGCCUCAGUCACUAAAAACACAGACCACUAGAAACCUUAAAGUAUUUUUCUAGUACUCCAGUAUUUUACUGCGGAGGUGUUGAUGAACAGUCAGAGCUGUAUUUUGUCAGCAUGAAGUUGUUUGUAGCUGUCGUUAGUUUUUGGACUGAAGCUUUGUGUCCGGUUUGUGCCUCUUCCUGGUUCAGCAUGAUGAUGUCAGGGGUCAGGGGUCAGGGGUCAGGGGGUUUAUACGGAGGCUUUGAGAGGCAGUGAGAAAAAAACUAAUUCUGCUGAUCCAUUUUAUACAUCUGAUCUAAAUUAUUAUCGUAAGAACAGAUGAAAAAAGGUUUUACCAGGAUGAUAAGUGUU